AUGGGAAAAGGUGCAGGUAAUUUAAAUAGGUGAGAAGUAAGAAAGGUAGUAAAGGGUAAAUUGAAUGUAUAAAGUAUACCUGUAAGCAACAAUAAACUAUUGCUAACGAAAAAACGAUUCUGAGUGGAGUUCAAUUGAUAGUGUUACUUUUUCAACAAUAUAUAUGUCAUAUUAUGGUAAAAUAAUUAAAUACACAUUAUAUAUUUUCUUUAAUAAUAUUUGUUUAAUAUUAUACCUAUUUUCCCGAUUUUUCCAUGUUUUUCUCAUUUAUUAGGAAAAUUCCUAAGAAAAUCCCUAAAGUACCAUCCCCGUCAGAUUUCCUUUUAGAAAAAGUGCUAUUAUUGUAAAUCAGAGCAAAAUUGGAGGAAAAUUGCUUGUAGAAAAGUUGUUUACAGAUAAAAAAAAUAAACAUGAUUGUAAAACCAAUACAUUCCUCACACUAAUCAGAAUCUAAGAACUGUUAAAAACUAAACAUAUAACAUAAGUUAAAGAGAAAAUUUAACAAAAUCUAGUCAUUUAUUAAUGCUCGCAUUAAGUAAAAUUAUUGCCGUCUAAAUUUUUUUUUAAAUUUAUUUAUAAAAUGGCUAUCUUGGAUUACAAAUAAAAAUUUCAUUAUAAGAUUUAAAUUUUUUUUACUAAUUGUAACAAAGUAUAAUAAAAUAUAAAGUAUACAAAUUAUAGUGUCGAGAUAUCACAAUAAUUUAAAAAAAAAACUUAAAAAUUUCAAUAGAAAAAAAGUUAUUACAUUUGUCAAAAAGUCCAGUUACUUCCUGUAUAUCGUCAUAUCAAACCGCCGACUUUAUGCCCUACUACCAUCCAUAAGUUAAACUGUCUAUAUUAUGACUCAAUGGUAAUAUUCCAGUGACAUUGUGUGUCGUAUCGUGUCGAACAGCUAUAUGCUGAUGAUAAUACCAAGAAACUCAAUCUCUCCCAUCGCCAUUAACACUCCAAUAUACUUAGCUUGAUUAAUCAUUGAAACCAUCAUAAGUGUUACAUAUACAUUUUUAAAAUCUUCCUUCCGUUAUCUUAUCUCAGAUAUUUUCCUGGACACGACAUCUGAUGUUGCUGAAAUGCCGCCUUAAGUGUUAAAAUUUCAAAUGUCAAUGUGUGAUUUUUGGGAUUACUUUCCCGUGUCAAUCACCUAAUGCUUGCACAAGGUUAACCAUAUUUAUAUUGUUUUUACAGGUGUUUUAAUAAUGGCUCUUCACCCCGAUGAUUUACAAAUGUGUAGAAUUUGUUUAGACGAUCCUGUAGAUUCCUAUGGUGGUAAACCGAUCAAAUUAAUACCAGUAUUUUCACCCGAAAAUGGCGCCGAUACAUUAAACAAAAAAAUCUUCAAAGUAUUUGAAAUCAAAGUAAGCGAAAAGGAAAAUAUAUAUUGAAAUACCUAGAACACUAAUUAUUUACCAUUAUUAAUAAUCAUAUAAUAUUUGUAUUAGAUUGAAAAAAAUGACAUUAAACCGAAGUUAAUAUGUGAAAGGUGUCAUGCAUUUAUAUUGCAAGUAUACGAACAAAGAAAAGUAGCCGCUGAUAGUCAAAUUGUUAUUAAUUUCAUCGUUGCAAAAAAAACCAGACAUCAUCAAAAUAAAGAAGAGGAAAAUUCUCUUGGUACUGAAAACAACAACAAAAAACUGAAAAAAGAUGCACCAGAAAAGAUGGAAAAGACAAGAAAAGCGAAAAAGGCGGAAAAUGGAAAAAAGUUAACACCGGAAUUUGCGGUACCGAAAUGUCCAAAAAAUAGUACAAUGAAACUACCGAAACGUUCGAAACAAGAUAUGAAGAAAUUGAAUUCCGAAAUUCAGCGCCGUUUUAAAUCGAUGACCGAUUUUCUUGAAAGCCAAUGCCCAAAAGAAUAA